AAAUAACAAAUGUUGGAAAGAUUGAAGGGCAUGGACUUAGGUUUAAAUUCUGUUAUAAAUGGGUGAUCUUAUACACAUAACUUUUCUGAAUCUUAGUUUCUUCCUGUAUAAAAGUUGGGUAUUAAUAUUUAUGGGAGAGGGUUAUUGAGAAACUGAAAUGAGAUGGAUUACGCGAAUGCAGGACACAUGGUAAAACCAAAAACCAAACCUGCUGCCGUCGAGUCGAUUCCGACAGUAAAUUUUACUUUUCUUAAAAUAAUGGUGGCCCUUUCAAAUGACAGUGCCACUGAAAGUAUAACCACAUAUCAUCAACAGAAAUAAACAGAAAGAAGGCAGAUACGACAGUUCUUAUUUUCCUGCUUCAGGUUUGGUGUUCAGGCCUGGGCACUGGGGAGUUAAUAUGCUUUUUUUUUAAGUGCAGGGGGAGUGGCGGGGAGGGGAGAAGUUAGAACAGUGGUGUGAAUACAUGGUUGGUGACAGUUUUUAUUUCAGUGCAGUCAACAAAAAUUUUUUGAAUGCCUACUAUGUGUAGCACACUGUGCACUGUGUUAGGAUUUCUGGUGUAUCUGUUACGGUAGGAACUUGAAGCUCGAGAGAUCUGGGUAGUAGACCUGUGUGCUGCACACAUGUGUUGAUGAAUGUCAUGGAACAUGGGGGUGCUACACUCGGUUUGAGUCUCUUCCCCCAAAUCUAGGCAAUGCGCCUUACAGGAAAGCUGGGCAUCUCCAUCCUCAAGCACUUUGAUGUGAGCUGAAUGGCACAAACCAUUAAGUGCCAGACUAUUAGCCAAAAAGUUGGCAGCUCACACCCACCCAGAGGUGCCUUGAAGACAGGCCUGGCAAUCUGCUUCCAAAAGGCCACAGCCUCUGGAAAACCCUGCGGAACAGUUCUACUUUGCAUAUUUGAGGUCACCAUGAGUCUGAAUCCACUCAAAGGCAUCUAACAACAGUAGGUAGAAAUGUUCAGUUAAUAAAGAUACUUAACUGGGUAGACAAGAGGGUUCUCAAGAAGGUUGAACUGUCUUUGGUUAUCUCCUCAAGUCUAUGUUCCUCAGACACUUAAGGUUCCUUCUCAUAGAAGACUCAUCACUGUAUCUUCACCAGAUCUUUGGCCUAAUUCCCUGGUUAGUGCCAUCUGCCCUCAGGUCGCCUGCUGCCUGCCUAUGAAAUUACUUCUCCAGAGGCUUGUUUUCUCCAACUUGGGGGUUGUUGCAAGGCCCCAAUUAUUCUGAAUAAAUGCGUGUACCGUUCUUUCCUAGCUGAAUGAGAAGGGAUUUCUUAACAACAUUGGAGGUGCCAGGGGACAUCAGCAGCUCUGCGUGCCAUUUGGAUUUUGCUUUUAAAAAGUUCUGAGAGCUCUGGGGUAAUCUUCCUAAAAGUUGUGAAUCUUAUAAAUAGAGGGGUGACUAUUGUUGUCUAACCAGCUAAGACCAUGUUAUGUGCUUCUACUGUAAUAUUAGAGGGACUUUAUUGUUGUGUUUUAAUUUUUGGAACUGUUUUAAAUGGACCAUUAUUUAUUAAAAAAUAUAAAAAAUUGUUUUCAUAAAUUGAGAUACUUUCAUAUAUUUUAGGGAAAUCCAUUUAAGUGUAUAUCAUUUAAAAAAUAUUUGAGACGUGUCAGCCUUCCCAUUUGUUGGAAUUCUCUUUUUGUGACUUUUUUGGUGAUUCCUGUUUGGUAGAUGGCAGCUAGCCAGGGAAGAUUCGCUGGGCUAAUUAUAACUGGAGGGGUUUCAGAUGAAUACAGAGAAGAGCAGCCUUCUGGGCCAUGGUUGUCAAGGUCAGGCCUUGGCCUGGUUCUUUUCAAAUCCUAAGACUGAAUUUAUCCUGUUGCUGAUUAUUUGGAUGGCUAGGAUGCUUUUAACCCAGGGGGAUUCUGGCAGGGAUUUAAGGUGGGACAAGAGACAGCAAAGCAAUAACUAAGUCUUACCUCAGUUUUUAAAGAUGUGGCUUAGGGUUCAUUAUGUUGCUGGAGAGGGAGAAAUGUGGCUAAAUACAGAUUUGCAGUUAUAAAUGCAAAGUUAGAAAAAAGCAACAUGAAGACUUGGGCUGAUAAGAACUUUACUGGCAAUUUUCCAACAUGAACUUUCUAAUCUUUCUGGUCAGAUUGCCCUUGUUCUUGCUAACUGGGCCUCUCUUCUAGUACAAUGGAUGAUUUUCAUUUGUGAAAGCCCAUUUUUUUUAUUAAGUGGGGGGGAAGCAAGAAACUUGAGGGAAAUUAAUACUAACUGGCACACGUUUUAGAAGUGCCAUUUUAAUUUUCUGAAGAUAAAUUGAAAAAUAACUUUAAAAAAGAAUAACAGAAAAAAGAUGUUAUUUCUGAACAGUAGGUAUUUCCUAGCAAUACUGCUUCACAGAGACCAUUCUGUGUGUGUGUGUGUAUUAUUUUUUUCUUCAUAGAUGAGCUGUAGUAACUUGAAUUAAGAUAAUGGGAUACUUAAUAUGUAACUUGUAAUGCGAGGAACAUUAGUUGGCCAAAUAAUGAAUAUGUUCCAGUAAGAGGACAAUAUACUAUAGUUUUCCAGUUUCCACUAAGUUGUAUUUGUUAUUUUUUGUGGAAAUGCAGGUAUUGUGAGUUCCCAGAAAGUCAGGUAAUAUAUCCAUUAUUGGAAAUGUAAACAAAUAUUUGAAAGUCAAAAUAACUCUGGAUUAUCUGCGCAAGUGAAUAAUUAGAAGUGGACUGUACUAACUUUCCAUAAUGCUGUCGAUCAUGAUAUCCAGAAUUUUCUACCAUUGGAGAAAAUCAUGAGAAUAUUAGAAUAAAUUUGUGUGUGGGGUGGUCCUGGAAACACUGGUGGUGUAGUGGUUAAGUGCUACGGCUGCUAACCAAAAGGUCGGCAGUUCAAAUCCAUCAGGUGCUCCUUGGAAACUCCGUGGGGCAGUUCUACUCUGUCCUAUUGGGUCGCUAUGAGUCGGAAUCGACUCGACAGCAAUGGGUUUGGUUUUUGGUUUUGGGGGGGGGUCCUCUGAGGACUUGAGAUUUAGUGAAAGAGAAAAUAUGAUUCAUUUACCACCCUUUUGAUUGCUUGGGAUCUCUUUAAAAGCUCGGUCCUUUUUAAAGACUGGUGCCUUUUUGACACAGGCUAUAGUUCCUAUUCUAAAAUAGAGUAUUUUGAACUCAGGGAAAUAAUGUUUGAAUUGUGGACAUCUUGGGUUUAGUCAUUUGGUGGAUUUUUCCAGAAAUCAAAAAAACCUUACCAUCCAGUUGAUUCCGACUCACGGGGACCCUAUAGAACAGGGUAAAACUGCCGCAUAGAAUUUCCAAGUUGUGCCUAGUGGAUUCAAAGUGCCCACCUCUUGGUUAUCAGCUGAGCUCUUAACCACUGUGCCACCAGGGCUCCAAUGACUAUUAGUUGUUCAGUUCUUUGGAAGUUGGCUUGUUAAACUAUUAGAAAAAAAAAACAAAAAACUUUUUUAUGUGUUUUUUGAUGGAAUAACUUACGUGUGUGAGGAAGGGGAUAAUACUCCGUUUGAAAGCUGUUUCCCAGUUCUCUUAGUUGGUGAUGUUAGGCAUGUUCUUUAGUUUGUUGCAAAGUAAUUUUCUAAGGCUCAAAUUCUGCCUCUGCCAGCAGUUUCAUUGUUUGUUUUUCUUAGUUGAUGCCAAAUGAAAUCGAUUGUGCCCCAAACCAUGUUGACCGUUAAAGAUUAUUUUUUGAGAGCCGUGGAGAAGUUGCCUACCUUGCCUUAGUUAAUUUACGUAAACACCAUGUUUCAUUUUGCAAAAUAUUUCUAGAUAUUUCUGUUAGUUUUUCCUAUGUAAAUCAACAGAGUUCCGUUUCCCUGUGAUUUCACUCGCAUCUUUUUAAAAAAUCGUACUCACUGCACUCAUGUACAUGAAGUAGUCAUAUUUUGCUUCCUCUGCUUUUAUUUGUUAUUCGCCAAUUGUAAGAAUUCUGUUCUAGGGGUACCCCCUUUGACGACAGCUCCCCUUGCUUCUUGGCCACCAAGGGGAUUGGAGUUUGUGUUUUCCUGAGUUUGCCGUCUUGGCAAAGGCUGGUGUGAUGUUUCAUUUGAAAUGUUUCAUUAUAUCUCUGCCUAGAAUUCUAAAACUUCAAGAGUACAAGAAAACGGAGUAACGAUGCAUUGCUUUGGAUUCAGUUGUGCCAAUGGUGAAAUGCCUAGCCUUGGUAAUAAAAUAUUUAUAGACGGCAUAAAAGCUUUCUUCAGUUUUUCACUGCUCAGAAAACAAACAAUAUAUCAGACAGUUGAAGAGCAUAAGAUGCAGUAAGGGAACGCUUAUUCUAAUUCGUAGUUCUCACCUCACUAUGAGUCGGAAUCAACUCGAGGGCACUGGGUUUUUUGGGGUGGUUUAACCUCACAUAAUAGUCACAGAUGAGUUUUUGCUGGUUUUCAUUCAGAUUUGGUGGCAUACAAGUGGAGGUGGUCAAAAGUCAAAAAGUCACUGCCAUCGAGUUGAUUCCUGCUCGUACUGACCCUACGGGACAGAGUAGAACUGCUCCAUAGAGUUUCCAAGGAGUAUCUGGUAGAUUUGAACUACCAACCUUUUUGGUCAGUAGCUGUAGCUCUUAACCACUAUGCCAACAGGGUUUCCCUGGAGGUGGUAAACCAUGUAAAUACACUAUAACCUAGAGAGGGGAGACCUUCCCAGGGGAGGAGGAAGAACAGGGCGUCAGGUAACAGCAGGCUUGCAUUCCAACUCUUGCACCCCCACUGUGGCCUUGGGCAAGUCAGCAUCUCAGGGGCUUGUUUCUUCAUCCCUGAGAUAAGGUAAAGGAGCCCUGUGGCACAGCAGUUAAGCACUAGGCUGCUAACCAAAAGGCUGGCUGUUCAAACACACCCAAUGGCUCCGUGGGAGAAAGACCUGGUCAUCUGCUCUCAUGAAGAUUACAGCCAAGAAAACCCUGUGGGGCAGUUCUAUUCUGUCACGUGGGAUUGCUGUGAGUCAAAAAUUCACUCAGUGGCACCUAAAAACAAAUAAUACAUUGCCCAAUUUUGUUUAAUUCUUAAAAUUGUAAAAAUAUUACAUUGAUAUUUAUAUAACAUAAUAAAAAGGAAGUUUAGAGGUCGUUUUACCUAGACUACUUGUCAGUUUGGGAUCUCUUUGACCACAUCCCUGAUACUUAAAAAUGAGCCUCUGUGUAAGAAGUCUUAGGGACUGGGGCUUCAAGUGCCCAAUACGCAGUCCGUACUUUCCUUAACUGUCUUUCCCCAUGACCAGAAAUCAUGGCUUUUGGGCGCUUUCUGUUUGACCUUAUCAAGCACUGCUUCCUUCAGGCUGGGCUUUGCCUUAUUUCUAUAUGUCCAGCCUAUAAUUAGAUCUUACCCAUUAACCAUUGAGUCCAGUCUAUUCCAACACAUUAAAAAAAACCCAUUGCCGUUGAGUUGAUUCCGACUCAUAGUGACUCUAUAGGACAGAGUAGAGCUGCCCCCAUAGGGUUUCCAAGGAGUGGCUGGUGGGUUUGAAUUGCUGACUUUUUGGUUAGCAGCCUAACACUUAACUGCUGUACCACCACGGCUCCCAUUCCGACUCAUAGUGACCCUGUAGUACAGAGUCAAAACUGCCUCCAUGGAGUUUUCAAGGCUAUAAUCUUUAAGGAAGCAGACUGCCACAUCUUUCUCCUUGGUGAGGCUGGUGGAUUUGAACUGUUGACCUUUGGGUUAGCAGCCAAGCACUUAACUACUAUGCCACCAGGGCUCCUUUAUAAAUGAAUCAUAGUCGGCUCUACUGUAUUCCAUAAGCACUACUUGAGCAUAUACUUUAUCUCAAGCUCUGUGUUAGGCAGUGGGAAUACAACUAUGAGCAAUUUAGACAUCCUGUUGAUAUAUUCUCAUAAAGUUUAUAAUUUAUUGAGGUAAAAUAGGUAUUGAAUACUAUUAAAGGUAUGUUAUAAAGGGGAGUACAGGAACCUACCGCGCGAGCACAUAAUUGAUAAUCUUGCUUAGUUUAGAAAGAUUUCGAGGAGGACAUUACAUUUAAGCUGAACUCUGAUAAAUAAAUAGGGGCUGAUUGGGCCAAUAAUAUUGUAUAUGAGAACUUAAGUCUUGAUUUCUAGUUUAGUGCCUACACUGUGCUAUGUGUUGGGAAUGCAAAAUUGAGUAAUGUAAUAUGGCUUGCACCCUUAAAGGGAAUACAUUCUAAGGUUGUUGUCAGACAUCUAAGCAAAGAAUUUUAGUUUUAGGGAUAUUUGAUAAAGCGCAGAGGCAGGAGUGAUUACCCGCUCCAUAUUAAAGAGUUGUGGUAGAAAGAAAGACCUCUUUGAAUGUUCAGAAGCCACCACCUAGAAGGCUAGGAACACCACCACCAAAAUGGCAGAGGCUAGUCAAGUCACAGAGUUUGAGCCUUUGGGGACUGAGGGCUCGGGAGGUUCCUCUGAGGUUGGGAUGAUUCAUGAUUUUGGAAUUUAUACUUUUUUUUUCCCUCCUCGUUUCUGCCUCCAUCUCUUUAAAAAGUGCCGAAUGGCACUUGAGAUGAGUGUUUUGGAACAAUCUUGUAAUAGUUAGGAUGCUUUUAAUUUCAUGGGGCAGAAAAAAUGCCAACUCAGUUGGCUUAAAAAUGAGGGACUUUUAUCUCAUCAUAUAAGCCUUCAAGCAGGAGUUCCAGGAUUGGGUAAUUCAGUAUAGAGACUGCAUUAGAGGCUGUCUGGGAUUCUGUCCUCCUUUCCUUCAUAUCUGCCUCAUUCUUGGGUCACUUUCCUUUAUGGUCACUGAAUGGCACAAGAAACUGGGAGUAUGGGUUGGAUGUGCCUAUACACAUAUCUCCAGAUCUUAGCAAAGCAAUGUCUCAGGAUGGUGCCUCUCAGUUCCAAGAAGUCAUUCGGCAAGAGCUAGAAUUGUCUGUGAAGAAGGAGCUAGAGAAAAUACUCACCACAGCACCAUCACAUGAGUUUGAGCAUACUAAAAAAGACCUUGAUGGAUUUCGGAAGCUAUUUCAUAGAUUUUUGCAAGAAAAGGGACCUUCUGUGGAUUGGGGAAAAAUUCAGAGGCCUCCAGAAGAUUCGCUCUUUUGGCCUUGGGCUGCUUGUGGCACUUUUGACUGCAGGGGAAAUGCCGUUGUCCACAGGACCUCUAUUCCAGGAAGAAAAGUGACUGAGGAGACUGAUGACAGGCCUAUUCAACCCUAUGAAAAGAUCAAGGCCAGGGGCUUACCUGAUAACAUAUCUUCUGUGUUGAACAAGCUGGUGGUGGUGAAGCUCAAUGGUGGUUUGGGAACCAGCAUGGGCUGCAAAGGCCCUAAAAGCCUGAUUGGUGUGAGGAAUGAGAACACCUUUUUGGACCUGACUGUUCAGCAGAUUGAACAUUUGAACAAAACCUACAAUACAGAUGUCCCUCUUGUUCUAAUGAACUCUUUUAACACGGAUGAAGAUACGAAAAAAAUACUACAGAAGUACAGUCAUUGUCGUGUGAAAAUCUACACUUUUAAUCAAAGCAGGUACCCAAGGAUUAACAAGGAAUCUUUACUGCCUGUUGCAAAGGAUGUAUCAUACUCAGGGGAAAAUACAGAAGCUUGGUACCCUCCAGGUCACGGUGAUAUUUACGCCAGUUUCUACAACUCUGGUCUGCUCGAUACCCUUAUAGGAGAAGGCAAAGAAUACAUUUUUGUGUCAAACAUAGAUAAUCUGGGUGCCACGGUGGAUCUUUAUAUUCUGAAUCACUUAAUGAACCCACCCAACGGGAAACGCUGUGAGUUCGUCAUGGAAGUCACAAAUAAAACACGUGCAGACGUGAAGGGUGGGACGCUCACUCAGUAUGAAGGCAAACUGAGACUGGUGGAAAUCGCUCAAGUGCCAAAAGCCCAUGUGGAUGAGUUCAAGUCUGUAUCAAAAUUCAAAAUAUUUAACACAAACAACCUGUGGAUCUCUCUUGCAGCAGUUAGAAGACUGCAGGAGCAGAAUGCCAUUGACAUGGAAAUCAUUGUGAAUCCAAAGACUUUGGAUGGAGGCCUGAAUGUCAUUCAGUUAGAAACUGCAGUAGGGGCUGCCAUAAAAAGUUUUGAGAAUUCUCUAGGCAUUAAUGUUCCUAGGAGCCGUUUUCUGCCUGUCAAAACCACAUCGGAUCUGUUGCUCGUGAUGUCAAACCUCUACAGCCUUAAUGCCGGAUCCUUGACAAUGAGUGAAAAGCGGGAGUUUCCCACAGUGCCCUUGGUUAAAUUAGGCAGCUCUUUUACAAAGGUUCAAGAUUAUCUAAGGAGAUUUGAAAGUAUACCAGACAUGCUUGAAUUGGAUCACCUCACAGUUUCCGGAGAUGUGACAUUUGGCAAGAAUGUUUCAUUAAAGGGAACGGUUAUCAUCAUCGCAAAUCAUGGUGACAGAAUUGACAUCCCACCUGGAGCGGUACUGGAGAACAAGAUUGUGUCUGGAAACCUUCGCAUCUUGGACCACUGAAAUGGAAAAGACUGCGUACACUGUAUACUAACGAUGUGCUGCGUAGUUUCUUACACUGAUGAAAUGCUCUCUAGGGCCCUGGAAUAGGCAGGUACUUUACUAUGUUACUGUACCCUGCAGAAUUAAUUUUUAAAGUUUUUUGCAGGAUGCUUUUAGUCUUAAAAAAAAGCACAGAUGGAAGCAAUACUUUUCUUCUUUGAAGAGAAUUCUGAAAGUUAGUUAAGCUUAAAGUGCAAUACUGUUUAAUCUUAAAACCGGGGCAGCUCUGCUGGAAGAUCUUAACAGAGGCCUCAAUGAUGGUCACUUUGAAUUGCUUGUUAUUUCAGAAAUAAAGCUGUGAAGCAAUACAUGUGUACCCUUAUACUUUUCAAUAACUUUAUGAAAUGGCAAAAUAAAAUGGUUUACUCUUGCUAAACAGUUACUAUAUGAGUUGGAGGAUUUGUUCUGGGACUAUUUAUGUACCCACUGGCCAGUCACCUAGCAAACCCCAUUUCUGCAUUUCUAAGAAUCUUCACCAUAUCAUUAUUUUGAGAGGAGUUAAACUUGAAUGAAGGUAUUUAGUACCUUUCAUCUUGUUCUAAAGCUGGGAUGCCUGCCACGCUUUCUACAGACUCUCUAUUCACUGAACAAAGCGGCGUUUCUUUUCCCAGCUGGAGGGGAGGGGAGGCAGAGGUAGGGCAUUCUCUGACAUCCCUCUUCUCCAGUAUAAAGGGUGGGAGAUUACUUUAAAAGUUCCCUUUCCUUGAAGCUUCCUUGUCACCAAAAAAUGUACGUGAAAAAUCUUUCAAAUCAGGUCUCUUGGUAGUUCAGUUGUGCCUUUUCUCCGAGAAUCAACCAAUCACAUGUCCCAAUUUCUCCAUGCUUGUUUCGAGCAGGCUGCUUGUUCAUGUUCAGGUUCACUACAUACUAUUAAAAGAAGUCUUUUAAAGUCUGGUAAUUUUUUAUAGCUUUAUUUUAGACAGACAGUUUAAGAACCAAUGACACACCUUUGUAAUGAUAAAGGAACAAAAACAGGCUUUCCUUUUAGGAAACUGAAGAGCACAAAAUAAGACUCUUUCAUUGUACAUCAUCACCACCAGUUGAGGCACUCUGACAGGGUUAGGCGUGAGGUGAGGCCCAGGCACUUUCAUUUGUAGAGUGCUGCUGAUUCUGCUUUUGAAGGUAGAAACUAUAAAAGUCUUUAAACAACUUACUUAACCCGUCACCUUGUCAUUCUGGCCCCAACGCAGCAGCCUGUGUUUUAAAAGCUCUGUUUCUCCCUGGUCUCCGUUCAUAUACACAUCAAAAAUAACUUAAAAACAAGAACCCAAGGGGGCCAUACUUCAUAUGUUACCUAAAUGUUAGAACUCGUAAGAAGGCAAAUUAGAUCAACAUGUAUUCUUACCUCUGCUAGAAAAAGGCAAAAGAAAAAACCUUCAUAGAUACUUUAUAAAAAUACAGCUAUUGAACUGUAGCCUUUCACAGACCACUUCUGAAAAGUAUUUAAAUUUAGCAGUUGCCUAAAUGUAUGCCAGUAUCUUAGUCUUUAAUUAUUACUUGGAAUCAGUCUUUCAAGUGUUGAGACUUUCUGGAGGGCUUUCCCCAGCCAACGUGUGGUGGUGGGAGAAAGAUGGGAUGCGUGGCACACACAGCUGGAACUUGACAUUGGUCACUGAAACAAAAACUGAAUUCCUAAAUCCAAGCAAUCAAAAGAUGUUUAUUUUUUAUAGAAAGAUCUGUAAAAAAAUAAUUUUUCAAACAGCUUUACUUUUAUAGAGAAAACUUUCUACAGAGGUUGACUAAGAUUUUAAUAUUUGAAAUUGUACCAUCAUUAAAUAAGGUGGGACACCGUAUGAAUUUCAUUGCACUGGAAGAAAUGCAAAGCAUUUUUUUUAAUAUAAAGUAUACAGAGCAUUCUAGUCAACUACAGCUGUGUUACAGCUAUGUGUUCUUUUGGAUUUGGUCCAAAGAAACCUGAGUCUGUUUCCAGAGAGAAUGAAAAAUGUUAUAGACACCUGAUCAGUUACUCCUCACUGAAGGACGCACAGAAAUGGCCUUCCCCGUAGAUCCCACUGAAUCCAGUUUCCCAACACUGACACUUUGCUUUCCCCUCCCCCACCGCAGUUCACUUCGGGUUCCAGGUUCAGUUCUCGAAUCACAGGCAUCCAGAUCUUCUUCAUAAACCUAUAUAUCCCAUGGCCAGAUGAACUACUCAGUUUUAUAGUACAUCAUCACCUCUUCUGUUCCCAGAUCUCAGCCAUAUUUAGGUCCAAAUCUUUAAGGCCUUUUAAGGCUUGAAGAUUUCCAGUGUAAAAGGCUACAUCUGCUGUGACCAACCUAAAGAGUAGAGAGAAAGGUAUUUUUAAAUCUCACACGUCCUAUUUACAUAAUUGAAAAAGUAGCAAUGCUCAGAGUCAGAAUCCUAUCCUAGCUCCUGGAAUAUUACUUACAAUUCAGAUUUCCUAAAGGUCAAAUGCCAGCAUAUUUCCCUGAACGCAUUCCUACUAACAUAUAGUUACGACACGUAACGGUUUAUCUACCAAUAAUCGAAGUGUGGGCAAGGAGCAGAUCAGUGCAUGCUGGAGUCAGUUUCAUAAUAAAUUCUGCCCAAUAAAAUGACUGGAUACAUCAGAUUUAUUUUAAAAGUAUGAAUUAAAAUAUAGAGAGGAUAACAGGGUAAGCUAAACUGUUUUCUGACUGGUUAUCACUAGAGCAAUACGUCUGUGUGAUGAAGACGGUGAAAUCAGGGCCAAGGCUUCCUAAGCCCCCUCCUAAGGAGUUAAAGGAAGGCUGGGACUUCCAGAAGCACUGCCGGCUAUAAAACUUGGCACUGAUAAUCAGUAAGCAACUCUUGAUGAAAAAGGAAAAGUAAGUUUUCAGUACUCUGCUGCCUGUAGCCAAAAGAAUACUUCCUUUAGACACUGAACUAUAUAAGAAUAACUAGGCAUUAUUUACCUUUGAUCCACUAAAAGAUGAAACAUGCUUUUUAAAAAUGUCAUGGAAAUGCUGUUAACUGCUUUAUUCAACUGCAAUUUCACAUUUUUAAUGUAGGUAUAUUCUGAGGCUCAGCAAAAAAAUUUGGAAAAUGAAUUGUUUGAGGAUAAAAAAUAGAAGAAGAGUCUACUACAUGGAGGGCAGAAUUUUAAUUGCUUGUGAAAGGAAAGCUCAUUUUUCAAAUUAAUGCCACGAAAUACCUUGGAGGCAGGAGAGGGAAUGACCUCUACGCAUGGUCAUUUCCCAGCAUGGCAAUCAGGUUGUUACGGCAAAUGAGUGAUGAUGCAUCUAAUGCAGUUCAUUUGAAAAAGCCUUUUUGCACUUUAUAAAUGGGCAAUUACGAUGUGAUUGUGAAAUACUGACUUUGAGUUUCCUAAUCACUUAGCAGUGCACAGUGGGACGUUUCCGUGUGCAAAGAUGAAUAAAGUUCUGCUCUCGAAAAUGUACAGCCUUCUACUUGGUUUUAGCCAACAUGUUUACAGUCCCGUUGUGUUGGUUUGGGGGACAGUUACUUGAGGUGUCCUUGCCUUGCAAACAGUGCACAACAAAUGUUGGUAGAAUAAAUGAAGCUCUUCCUAUCAUAUAGAAGCACAGUCUCAAAUUCCAGUGAAUACUGAAUGAUACGUUUUUUACCAUGACAACUGACAAUCUUCUAAUGAUUAUCUUUUUUAAAUCAUAAGGUCAGAUGUUUUAAAAAAGAAAUUCUAAUCCAGGCCAAAGGCGUUCUCGUGGUGGUGAACUAGAAACAGCCUUCUACAGACAUUAAGUGCGCAAUGGUGUACAUCAGGCUCCCAGGCUCUGUGACGGGAACGUGAUAGAGUCAACCCAGCCCCAGCUCACUGUGGCCGCCUGCCGUGACCGCCACACACCCAAAAUGGAGCAGUUCAAGUUACCCUCAAGCCACCUCAACCUCGACAUAAAGGGCAUUGCUUACUCCCAUUAUGUGGGAGCUAGUUUCCCAAACUUCCUAAUUUUCAUGUAUUUUUCCUGUGAAUUCAAUCUGUUUUCCUCCUUUUUUAACCUUUCACUUUACCAUUUACUAUUUAUCUUUCCUUUAAAAUGGCAUUCAGGAAGUAGUGGCAGCCAAAGGGAGUAAAAGCACAGGCUCUCGGGUCAGAAUGCCUGUAUCUGAUUCCUGCUCUGCCACUUUUCUGUCAUCUCAGGCAAGCUACCUGACUUCCAUGUCUCAGUUUCCUCAUUUCUAAAAUGACAAUAAAGAUUAGAAAUAAGAAAAUACACACAAAGUGCUUGGCCUGGUCCCUGGCCCAGAACACACAAGCUAUCCUCACCAACAAGAGAGGCUGUUGCCUUGCCUGUCCUGACACUGGAACAACGGCUGCUGGCACAAAUGACCCACAAGGAAAGCAUCACUUCAGAAAUCAAUGAGCUGGGUACGUCUGAAAUAAUCUUAUUAUUUAGUUCAGUCUUUCUUCAGUCUGGCCAUAGUGAUGAUUUAGCUGAAUGAACUGCUAGGAAAAUGUCUCCCUAAACCACUCACAAUUCUGAUUCUCUAGGAGGAAAUAAAUGAUCUAAAUUUCAUGACUCCAAAUCUAUAUAUAUAGUGCCCUAACGACCAACCUGUUAACAGCCUGCACAGCGGCAGGAGAAAAUAAUAAUCAGCAUUUAGAUACCAUCUUAUAAGUUUUAAAGUGCUUUCACUUAUAUUUCAUUUUAUUCUCACAGCAACCCUGGAAGAUCGAACCGAACUGAACCCAGUGCUGUCGAGUCGAUUCCAACUCAUAGCGACCCAUUUUACAAAUGGAGAAGUUGAGGCUUAAGAGUUAAAAGUUGGAAGUUGAGGCAAAGAUGGUUGCUGGGGUGGGGCCUGGCGCAGAUGGAGAGCGUGGCUCUCACUCUCGACAGUCCUCAGCUGUUACACCUCCAGCUGGGUGGUAGGUUCAACUGAGCCAGGAAAGAGCACGAUGCCAAGCUCUGCCCAAUCUUCACAAAGUACCAAAAUGGGCAAAGUAUCUUAGUCCUAUCUUUCUGUGAGUAGUUUCCAAGAGGCAGGAAGGAUAAGUGAUUAGCCACUUCUGAUUUCUAAAGAAUAUGUUUCUCCUCCUGCUUUUAAUUUAGUUUCACCAAUAGACUACCCAGUAUCUUAAUAUUUUACAUUCCUGUGAAGGUGAACUAGUUUUUCAGGUAUCUGAUCUCAAUCUGAUUUAAACUUUAAGUAUUCUAUACACCCCUCAGAUAACAGAAACGCGAAGGCUCCAUGCAAGAAAAAGGAAGUCUGCUAAGAUGUCUAUUUUGAAAGAUGUGGCCCAUGCACAGAAGAUCCUGAUUUACAGGUCUCUAAAAGAGGAAGCUCAGCUUAGUUUUAAUAUUUUAAUGAACAAAGUCAACUUCUGAUUCCAAAAUACCUUUUUUUCAUUUGUUCCUGUAAGUUUGAAAUUUAAGCCUCUAAUUAACAGGAAAAAAAAAAAAGAUUUUUAUUCCUAAAAUCUGUGGGAGGUAACGUACUAAGAAAAUCAUGUCAGGGUGUAGCUAAAUGAUCAGUGCUUUACAUUUUGUAAAAUCUUCUUUACCUAGGUAAUAUCUUUACCUAUGUUGCUCUUCACAGAAGUCCUAUGAGGGGAUUUUUAUCGUCAUUUCUAUUUUUAAAAGCUUGUUUUUUCAAGAGGUUAGGUCACUUUCACAUGGUCACAUAGCUAGUAAAUGAGGCUUCUUUGAGUCCUUUUUGGAUAAAGGAAGACUAGUGGGCACCUCAGGAGACACUACUAACCCACACAGCCUCAAUACAGACAAAUAAGAUCCGUUCAGUAACUGACUAUCUAUAAACCACUUUAUAUAAUUUCCACAGGCUGGGGGAGGCACAAAGGAAAACAAAGUUGCCGAUUUCACAGUUUUGGGCCCAGGCAUGAUUACGGCAGACAAGGACAGCAUUAAGAAUAAAAACCAAUUAUCAAAACAAUUUGAUAUAGUAGUAAUAUAUAGAAACAUGUUAAAAACAUACCCAUUUUGAGGUCCUCCAUCAUUAAUCACAUUUAAGUGAGAUAACUGCUUUUUCAAGUGUAGUUUGUAGCUUGCAUUAAUUCUUAAAAAUAACAUCUGGAAAGGAAAAAAAACUAAGUUUUUAAAGUUCUACUGAAAUAGAAGAUAUAAGUAUCUGAGAGUCAUUGGUUUUAUCUGGAGAAAAUAUUUUUAAAAAUCUUUAUUUUGGCAUAUUCUUUUAAGAUACUCCUCUGAAAGUAUUUAAUUCCUAUUUUACUACACUUUUUCUCCUCAGUCGGAUAAAAGCUCUUUUUCCCUUCUCAGCAGUAUUCCUUUCAGUGAUAAAGACUUACUGCUGCCUUUUGGCACCCUGGAAUAACUCUUCUGGGAUAUGGAAGUGGGAUUAACCAGGAAAAGUGAAAAAAAAAAGUAAAAAGCAAUAGUGAAUAUUGCAAUAUAUUAACUAGGAACUUGAUAGAGGAAAAAAAAAAAGUGACAGUGGUAAAGGGAAAGAUACCUUAAUCCUUCUAAACUAGUAAAAUCAGAUAAUAAUGCAAUGGUCCAGUAUUUCUUUGGAAAAUACCUGAUCUGAAAGUAUAUGUAAUUAAUCUAUGGAAAAUAUUUUGUGGAAUAACAUUUUAUAUAUUUAUAAUAUUUUCUUCUAUAUUUACAUAUAUAUGGAAAAGUUUGUGAAAUUUAUUGGUAUUCAAGUGGCACUAUUGACAUAAACCUACACCCUUUAAAUCAUGAUGUAGAUAAAAAUACAUGAAGUACUUGUUUGCCCAGCUCCUUGCCCUGGCUACACCUUGCUCUAGUGUUAGAAUGCAGGUGGCCAACCCAGAAGGUCUGAACAUCAGAGGUGGGGGAUCUUACAUGUAGAAUGGGAAGGAGGGCUUGACUAGGAAGAAAUGAGAAGAAGAAAAGAGACCCUAGUGGGUACUCUGUAUCUUAUGGCUUGCCCUCAGUCCUCAGUAAGCCCCAAAGGAGUUGGGUGGUAUUUAAUCAUGAUGUCAGAAUGAUUAAUAAAAGCCUAUGGAAGCAUGAAUAAAAAUGGCAAUAACUAGCACAGGAUGGAAGUCUGAAGUGGCAUGGGAAAGGAGACCAGCAGGACCAAGAGUAGGCAAGAGUCACUAAGACAGCUACUCUCUGCUCCAAAAUAUUAUUUCCAGGCAUUCUAUUCAUUGGCGAUAGUUCUAAAUAAACUUGUCUGAACAGCAAAUACCCCACUGGACAUUUGUCAUAUCACAAAUACCUACUGCUGUCAACUCUGACUCAUAAUGACCCUAUAGGACAGAGUAGUACUGCCUUAUAGGGUUUCCAAGGCUGUAAUCUUUACAGAAGCAGACUGCCACAUCUUUCGCCAGAGGAGCAGCUGGUGGGUUCAAACCACUGACUUUUUGGUUAGUAGACGAGCACUUAACUACUGUGCUACCAGGGCUCCCUAUAUAAAAAAUAGGCUCCUAUUAUAACAAUGUCUCAUUCUACAAUUAAGCUUGAAUGAGGUCACCUGGUACAGAAGACUGGGGGUGGUGGGGGGGUGAAAGGAAUACUGGAACUUUUGAAGUGCUAGGAAAGGGAAAUGAGGGAGGUGGAACAAGGGUGUAUCUGAAGAGGUAAGAGAACUCUGUGUUCAUAUUCACGCAGGGGAGACAGGAACAGAGAGAGGAUACCUCAUAGGUGAGAGGUACCAAAGACUACUCAGUAUUUUUCCUGGUUUUUGCCUACUAUAGAUCACAUUAUGUUUGGUAAAGUAGAGGGUCAGUGAAAAUGAGCGAAACCCUCCAUGAGAUGGAUUGACACCCCAGCUGCGACAACGGGCUCAAACGAAAAAACAGUGGGUCAGACACACCGGUGAUUGUGAGAAUGGCGCAGCAGUGGACAAGGUUCAUCCUGUGAGAUAAGACGGCCGUGAGUCAGCGGCCACCAACAGAUCGCUUCCGCAGAUCUCACAAACAUCCACGACAAGGCACACUGAUUGGUUUAGUUGAGUGUCAAUCUCAUUAACUUCAUCACUGAUUGUUCUCAUAUCCAAUUCCAAUUACGCUCACAGUGAGUAACAUGUUUUAUGACUCACUGACAAAUGCCAACUCUGAUUUUUAAAUUAAUAAUGUAAUUAGUAAUACACGUGAAUCUGGGACCUAAAAUAUUCAAUGGACAGACAGAAAAUCUGCUUCUUAGAAUUGUUGACUAUAUAGCAAAGCUAUUAUCUGGCCUAUUAGAUCAAAGGGUAUUUUGAAAUUAAAAUUUUUUACCUAUGCCUCAGUAGUCAGUAUAGCAACUGAUAACAAAAUCAAGCCGGAGCACGAACGGUGCCCAAGGCGUUUAAAGGCACUUCAGUUCCUCACGCACAUGCUGUGUGAGACAGGAAACGGUGGUUUUAGGAAUUACUGCUCACCUGUGUUUGUUCUUCCGGAAGGAGAUCAACUAUAGCUUCAUGCAUUUUUGCCAUUUGCUUACAAAUAUUCCUGAAGCAGGCAGAAGGGACAGGAGCUUUCACCUCAUACUGUCAGGUAGGGAAGGAUAACAAGGAUUACGCUCACGUCCUCUGACUGCACAGUCUCCCACUGUUCCCCGAGACAGUAUGUUCUCUGCCUUUACAUGUCUAACGCUGGUAUAGCAUUUGUUAGGGGUUAAUUCUUAUCUUCCAAAAAGACAUAUUUAAGCCCCAACUCCCAGUAUCUGUGAAUGUGACCUUUUUUGGAAAUAGUCUUUGGAUAUAUAUACUUCAGUUAACAUGAAGUCAUACUGGAGUAGGGUGGGCCCUAAUCCAAUAUGACUGAUACCCUUAUAAAAAGAGUGCUAGAGACAGAGAUAGACAGACAGAGAGGGAAGGCAGCCAUAUAAAGCAACUGGAGUUAUGCUGCCAUAAACCAAGGAACACCUGGGCUACCAGAAGCUGGAGGAGAUAAGGAAUGAUCCUCCCCUAGAGCCUUCAGAGGGAGUAUGGCCCUGCCAGCAUGCUGAAUUCAGACUUCCAGCCUCCAGAACUUUGAGAGAGCCAUUUCUGUUGUUCUAAGCCACCCAGUUUGUGGUACUUUGUUAUGCCAGUCCUAGGAAACUAAUACAGCAGUCAGCUAUGAUCUGUGCUACAAAUGCAAAUCUUGAGGAUCUUUCAUUAAACAGCCUAAUCUGCUUUGAGUGAGUCAGCAUAGCUUGGCGGUUCAGGACAUAGGCUGCUUCUGCUCUUAAAACAGACUAUGUGAUGACAGGUGAGUUACUUAGCUUCUCUGUUCUCAGUGGGCUGCUAUGAGGAUUAAAGAAGAGCACAAGACAGUGGCUGGCAGAAAGUAAGUGCUCAAGAAACGUUAGCUACUACUCUGGCUCAGUAUACGACGAUGACUCAUUAAAGCAGCCCCUCCAAAUUAACAGACUGUUUUUAAACAGGAUCUUAAGAAUGUGUCGACUCGAUUAUAUCUGAAAUAAAAAAACCAAUAUAAUUCUGUUAGAAUUAAAAUGUUCCUUUUCUUUCAUAGAUGGGCCAAUAUGGCAGUCAUAUUUACCCUAACUAAAGAGAAGACUUUUUCAACAACUUUCUAUACUAAAAAUUAAAAUGACUAUAAUCAUUACUAUUCUUACAUCUUGAACUGGUGUGAUUUAGAUAAUUUUAAAAUUCACACAGCAUCAAUUAUGUACUGUUUUUAUUUACAAGACAAAUUUGGGUAAACUAUUUAAACUUACUAGUCUUAUACGGAGCUCUGAUGGCGCAGUGGUUAAGAGCUUGGCUGCUAACCAAAAGGUUCGCAGUUCAAAUUUACCCGCUGUUCCUUGGAAACCCUAUGUGGCAGUUCUACUCCAUCCUAUAGGGUCACUGUGAGUUGAAAUCAACUUGAUGGCAACAGGUUUGGUCUAUUUUUUUUUUAAUCUUAUAUAAUUUAUUAAAAUGUGAUGAGUGACAGUAUACUGCUGCUGUAGAAGGCCAAACAUGCAACUGAAACAAGAUUAGCAAAGUUGUGACCAUCCAAGGAUUUGUCUCUCUUCAGCCAAGAAACAUCUCAAAUAUUCCCUCAUCUUGUUUUUGUUUAAUAACAGCUUUGAAAUAUAAUCAUAAAGUCAUGUUCAGGAACAAAGUAUGAGAGCAGACUUCUUGUUGGAAACUAUACAAGCCAAAAGACAACAGAAUUCUAAAGCUAGCAAAAAGAUCUUUAAAAAAUGAAAGAGAAAUAAAAGGCUUUUUUAGGCAAAAACUAAGUAAAUUGCCUGCAGACCUUCCAGUGUUAAAGGAAGUUCUUCAGGCAAAAGGAAUAGGGUACCAGAUGACCUACACAAAGCAGUGAAGGACACCAAAAUUUGUAAAAACGAAGGUAAACAUAAAACAUUCUUUUCUCACUUUUAACGCUUUAAAAGAUGACUUAAAAAAACCAAACGCAUUGCCAUUGAGUCAAUUUUGACUCAUAGGCACCCUAUAGGACAGAGCAGAACUGUCCCAUAGGGUUUCCAAGGAGCUCCUGGUGGAUUUGAACUGCCGACCUUUUGGUUAGCAGCCAUAGCUCUUAACCAUUACACCACCAGCAUUUCCAAAAGAUGACUGUCUAAAGCAAAAAUGGUAACAAUGCAUUAUAAGUAGAAGUAAAAUGGUAAUAGCAUAAAAUCCGAGCAGGAGAAAACAGAAGUAUACUGUUGUAAAGUUCUUAAACUAAAUGGGAAGUGGCAUAAUAAUGUUAUUUGAAGCAUAUACUUAAGGCAAUUCUGGAGAUAAAAUUAAAUAAAAAACAUUCUAUUAAUCCAAGAGAAGAUUAAAAAAAGAGGGCCAAAUAGAAAACAACUAUCAAGAUGGUUGAUUUAAAUGCAACCAUAUAAAAAUUAUAUUAAAUUUAAAUAGCCUAAAUACAUCAAUAAAAAGGCAGCAAUUGUCAGACUACAUUAAAAAAAAUAAAAGCCAAGACUCCACUUUAUUCUACAGACAAGAAGCUCUUUUUAAGUAUUAAGACACAGAAUGUUAAAAGAAAAAGGAUGGGAGAAGAAAUUCUAAGUUAACAUUAUUCAAAAGAAAGUUACAGUGGUUAUAUUUAUAUCAAAUAACAUAUUGUUAGUUGUUGUCAAGCUGGCUCUGACCAUGGCACAACCUCAUGUACCACACAACAUAUGCUUCAAAAAAAGGAACAUAACCGGGAUAAAGAAGGACACUAUAUAACAGUAAAGAUUAAGAUGACAUGACAAUUCUAAAUGUAUAUGUACCUAGCAAUGGAACUUCAAGAUACAUAAACAAAAAUAGAAUUGAAGAAAAAAAUAGACAAAUUCACAAUUAUAGUUGGAGACUUCAGCACUCUUCUCUCAGUAAUUGAUAGAAUAAGUAGACAGAAAAUCAGUAAGAACAGGGAAGACCUAAGUAACACUACCAAGUAACAUCACCUAACUGCUAUACACAGGACACUUCACCCAACAACAGCAGAAUACACAUUUUCUCAUGUGCAUAUAGAACACUAACCAAGAUAUUUGUUGGCCAUAUUCUAGGCCAUAAAAUAAAUAAUUAAAAAGACAAAUUUAAAAGAACCGAAAUCAUACCAAGUAUGUUCUCUUACCAGAACAGAAUUAGAGAUAAUAACAGAAAAAACCUCUAGAAAAGCCUCAAAUAUUUGAGAUUUUAGAAAUUAAACAAUACAUUUCAGAUAACCUACAGAUCAAAUUAGCAAUUACAAGAGAAACAAAUAUUUUGAAUGCGAUAAUAAAGGCACAAAAUAUCAAAAUUUGUGGGACACAGCUAAAGCAGUGCACAGAAGAGAAUUUAUAACAUUAAAUACUUAUAUUAAAAAACAAGAUGAAUCUCAAAUCAAUAAUCUAAGCUUCUACUUUACUUAAGAACCUAGAAAAAGAAGAGCACCUUAAAUUCAAAGCAAAUUAAAGGAGGGGGGAAAAAAACAAGAGUAGAAAACAAAGAAACAGAAAAACAGAGAUAUAUAGGUAUCAAUGAAACCAAAAGUCGGUUUGUUGAAAGAUCAAAACAAGUGAUAAACUUCUAGCCAGACUGAUCCAAAGAGAGAGAAAAAGAAAGAAUGAAGUGAAAGCAAGAAAGAAAGAGAGGAGAACAAAUUACGGUAUUACCAAUAACAUGAAAAAGAAUAGCAGAUAAUACUACAAAUCCUGACAGGCAUUAAAAGGACAAUAACAGAAUAUUAUGAACAAAUAAUGUAUAUAAAUUUAAUAACAUAAAUGAAAUAAUUCAUUGAAAGAAACUUUCAAAGGUAACUCAAGACGAAUUAGAUUACCUGCAUAGUCCUAUAUGUAUUAAAAAGACUAAAAUUAUAUUAAAAGCCUUCCCACAAAGCAAACACAACAAGCAGAUAAACGACUUCAUUGGAAAAUUCUACAAAACAUUUAAGGAAAAAAUAAUACCAAUUCUACACAAAUUUUUCAAGAAAACAGAAAAAGAGGAGUACUUUCCCACUCAUUUUAUAAGGCCAGCAUUACCCCAAUACCAAAAUCAGACAGACAGACACAUACACCCUCCCUACAAACCAAUAUCUCUCAUGAUGUCCCACACAGCUCCUUAACAAAAUAUUAGCAAAUCAAGUAUAUAAAAAGGAUAAUACAUCAUGACCAAGUGGGUUUAUUUCAGGAAUGUAAGGUUGAUUCAACAUUCAAAAAUCAAUGUAAUUCACCAUUAUCAGACUAAGAAAGACAAUCACAAUAGAUGCAGACAGAGUAUUUGACAAAAUUCAACAUUUGUUCAUGAUACAAGCCUCUCAGCAAACUAGAAACAGAAGGGAACUUCCUUGGUCUGAUAAAGGCAGCUACCAAAACCUAUAGUUAACAUCAUCCUUAAUAGUUAAAGAACUGAACACUUUCCCUCCAAUGUGGGAAAAAGCCAGCAUGUCUGCUCUUACCACUUCUGUUCAACAUUGUACUGAAAGUGCUAGCCAGUGCCACAAGUCAAGAAAAAGAAAUAAAAGGGUUACAGAAUGAAAAAGAUGUAAAGCUCUUUGUUUGCAGACAUGCUCCUGUAUGCAAACAUCUCAAAGAAUCUACAAAAAUGUCACUAGGACUAAUAAACGAAUUUAGCAAUGUUGUAGGAUUUAAGAGAAAAAAUACACAAAAAUCAAUUGUAUUUCUAUAUAUCAGCAUUGAACAACUGGAAAUUUUAAUUUUAAAAAUACCAUUUAAGAUAGUGUUGAAAAACAAAAAAUACUUAAGGACAAAUCAAAGAAAAUAUGUGCAAGAUAUGUUCACUGAAAACUACAAAACUUUGCUGAGAAACAUUAAAGACCUCAGGAAAUGGAGAGAUAAACCCAGUAGUGUGCGAUAAAUGUUUAACUGGCUCUCUGGAGGGAAAGCACUGGUUUUCAGUAUUUGCAGAUUUCUGUGGUAUAAAUAUUCCCACCAUAGCCAAUUUCAAGAUACCAACAUGAUGUCACCAAAUGCAGAUGUGAGAAGGCUAGCAGGGGCAAGCUGGCUGCAGCACACCACUGGACACUGUGUGCGGGUCAGAAGAUUCAAUACUGUUAAGAUGUCCGUUCUCCCCAGAUUGAUCUACAUAUUCGAUGCAAUUUCAAUUCAAAUUCUACCAGCCUUUUGGUAGAAUCCGAUAAGCUGAUUUUAAAAUUUAUAGAGAAAAGCAAAGGACCUAGAAUAGUCAAAACAAUUUUCAAAAAAAAAAAAAAUACUGGAAGACUCAUACUACCUGAUUUCAAGAUGUAUUACAAUGCUACAGGAAAUAAAGUGUGAUAUCGGUAUAAAGGCAGACAUGCAGUUCAAUGCAACAGAAUAGAGAGCCCAAAAACAGACCCACACAAAAAAGAUUGAGUUUUUACAAAGGUGUCAAGGUAAUUUAAUAAAGAAAUGACAGUCUUUUCAACAAAUGGUGCUGGAACGACUGAAUAUCAAAAAAAAUGAACACUGACUCAAACCUUGGACUAUUAGAAAUGGAUCACAGACUUAAAUAUAACACCUCAAACUAUGUAACUUCUAGGAGUACCUUGGGCAAUACAAAGAUUUCUUAGGAUGGGACACAAAAGGCAUGAACAAUAAAAGAAAAAAAUGAUAAACUGGAUUUCAUCAAAAUUAAAAAUUGCUUUUUAGUACAUUUUUAAGAAAACAAAAAGACAAGCCACAGACCAGACGAUAAUAUUUGCAAGACACGUAUCUGAUAAAAGACUUGUAUCAGAAUAUAUAAAGAACACUUACAACUCAAUGGAAACCCUGGUGGCGCAAUGGUUAAGUGCUAUAGCUGCUAACCAAGAAGAUGGCAGUUUGAAUCCACCAGGCGCUCCUUGGAAACUCUAUGGGGCAGUUCUACUCUGAUCCUAUAGGGUCGCUAUGAGUCAGAAUCGACUCGAUGGCAGUGGGUUUGGUUUGGGUGGGUACAACUCAAUAAUAAAGUAAACAACUAAAUUUUUAAAAUGUGCAAAAGAUUUAAACAGACAUUUUAUCAAAGAAGAGAGAUGGAUGACAAAGAAGCACAUGAAAAGGUGUUCAACAUAUUAGUAAUUAGGAAAAUGGAAAUUAAGACCACAAUGAGAUAUCACUCUACGCGCUCCUUCUAGAAGGGUUAACACUAAAACACAAACAAAAUAGACAACAGAAGGUAUUUGCAAGGAUGAGGAACAACUAAAACUUUCAUACACUGGAAGUAGAACAGCAAAACGGUACAGCCACUUUGGAAAACAAUGUAGCAUUUUUAUAAAGUUAAUAUAAAGUUAUACACUUCCAGACAACCAACAACCCUAUUCCAAGGUAUCUACACUAGAGAAAUGAAAACAAGCGGAUACACAAAGAUCUGCACACAAAUGUUUAUAGCAGCUUUGGUCAUAAUAGCCAAAAACUGGAGACAACACCAAUGUCCAUCAACUGGUGACUGGAUAAACAGUGGUUCAUCCAUACAAUGGACACUGCUAGAUAAUAAAAAGAAACAAACCACUGACACAUGAGACAACAUUCAUGAAUUCUAAAAGCAUCGAGCUAAGCAAAAGAAGUCCACCACAACAGGUUACAUUCUGUAUGAUUCCAUUUAUAGGAAUUCUGGAAAAGGCAAAAUUAUACAGACAGAAAUCAGAUCUGUGGUUGCCAGGGGCUAGGGGUGUGGGGAGAGAAUUGACUGCAAAAAGGUCCAAGGGAAUGUUGAGGGGUAAUGGAACUACUCUACAUCUUGACUGUAGUAGUUCCACUACUGUACAUAUUUAUUGAACUCAUUGAACUGUAUACUUAGAAAGGGUGAAUUUUACUAAAUGGUAAAUGGCACAGUGGCUGCAACAAUGGGCGCAAAUAUAGCAACAAUCGUGAGGAUGGCACAGGACUGGACAACGUUCCGUUCUGUUUUACAUGGGGUCGCUAUGAGUCCGGGUAGACUCAAAGGCACCUAACAACAACAAAUUAUACCUCAAUAAAUCUAACUUAAGUUGCUUAGCUUUCCACCAGUAGUCAAAGCUCUCCACUAUCUUUCCAAUGUAUCUCCCAUUACUCCUCUGUUCACCCAGCCUAAUGCAUUAGCUAAUAAAUUGAGCUACUUACCUUUGUUAUUAACAAUAACAAAACCAUCAGCAGACAAUAUCUACUAGAACUUGCCAUACCCAAAGGCAUAAUAAAAGCAUUCCUCAUGUAUUAUCUCAUUACUCCUCACUUCAGUCUUAUGAGGAAGGCUGUAUUAUUACCCCCAUUUAAAGACAGAAACUGACACUUAGGAGAUUAAUACUUUGCCUAAGCCAUCCCUUCAGUGGCUAAUAAGUCACGAAGGUUGGAUUUGAGCUUAGGUCUGUCUACCUGACUCCAAAAUCCUAACACGAAACUGCCUUAUUAUUCCUACCAGCAUGUCUGCUCAUGCUGUUAUCUCUGCCCAGAAUAUCUCUUAACUUCAAUUUCAUUUGCCCUCAUUUUAGCUAUCUUUAAAAGCAAAACUUAUACACGUCUCAUCCAUAAAGCUUUCCCAGAUCUCCUUCCCCACCUGGCAACCAUCUCUCUCAGAGCAUUACAAGCUCCCCUGGCACUAAAUCAAUUCCUUCCUUGUGACACUUUCUACCUUCUGGCAUUGAUAUAUUUCCCCUAUUAGAUACUUUGCUGCUUGAGGACAAGAUCCAAGACUGAUUCACCUCACAACCCCCUCUGUUUUCUAAAACAAUGCUUUGCGCAUAACUUAUUCACUAAAUGAAUAAAUGAAUGCAUGAUGGAAAGAAUGAGAAAUAGGGCAAAAGUCACUGCAGCUGAUUAAAUGACAUUUUCCUAAAGAUACUCUCUCUGUAGUGGGUUCAACAGUGUCUCCCCAAAUUUAUGUCCACCUAGAACUUCAGACUAUGACCUUAUUUGGGAAUAAGGGUCUUUGCAGAUGCAAGUAGUUAAGAUCUCAAGAUAAAAUCAUCCUUGAUUUCGAAAAAAAAAAUUUUUUUUUUUUUUUUUUAUUUAGAGUGGG